AUGUCUCAUAACCUGAAUCGUGGUCAGAGAUUUGACACUGGACAGUACCACUGUGCACCUACGCCAUCGACACCUUCCUCAACGUCGUGUCACGGCCGCAGCUCAACGAUUGCGGGGGUGAAAGGGCUUUGGCAUAGAGGCGAAGAACCCCAGGAAAUCAUCGGAAGUGACUUCACUAGCUCUACCUCCUCUUCAUCCGCCUAUGAAGACACCAGUAAUGCUCGCGAGUUCGAGGAGUCCAAGCCGAGUUCCUUCGGCAUCGGUACAUACAUCCAAGAGAAGGCAUUGGCUGCGAGGGAAUUGUACCUCAGACAGAAUAACCUCCCCCUCGAGGUCCCCAAGCUCAACCCUCAUGCAUCAACGUUCGUGCCACAACACGUUCGACCUCUCACGGUACCUCAUUCGAACGCGCUUUCAAUGCAACCUCCACAAUGGUCCCUUGUCUUCGCCAGAGGUGCCCGAGGCUCACCCGAGAUGCAGGAUGUCGUAGCGAAUGAGCUGAUCAACACCUUUCCUUGGAAUUUGUACGAAGUCCCACAGCUGGCUCAACACUUUUGCUGGAUGGGCGCGCUAGGCACUCCGCACCUCGCACCGUUCGCUUCGUCAGUGAAUAGAGCUCUCAGUGGCAGGGCAGGGGAGCUUGCUCACGACUUCAGGAAACACCUACAACUAUAUUGUCAUGACACAUUUAUGGCAUUUUGGGAUAUGGCGUACCCAAGCGCUAUAACGUUCCAAACCACUGACGCGUCUUAUGUUAUGUCCGCAAUUUAUCUGACGUCUUUCAUGGGAGACCUGUUCAAAUGUGGCUUACUCCUCGCAGGGCCAACCAUGGGUUGUCUGCGAGUCCUCCUCCGAAAUACCGUCUCCCUUGAACACCUAGAGGCCAUACGCACCUUUUUGAUACAAGCUGGCAAAGGUCUGUGGUUUACGAACCCUUCGGAGUGUGCCGGUGAGAGGUGGUCAGUGGAGUUGGGGCGAUCGGCUAUCCCUGCGUUUAGGAAUGACUUCUGGAGCCAAACGAUGAAAAUGACGGAGACAUCUGGAAUACUGCGGACACCGAAAGACGGGGAAAUUAGGGAAAUCAAUUACGAGAUCAUGGGGAUUUUAGACGUGUGA